AUGGCCAUCAACAAAACAGUAUCGUUUGACUUCAAAGACCCUGUUGGGCAGAUCCCCACAAGUGACUUCGUCGACUGGGAAAACUCUUUGUUAGAGAGAAGGCUUAAGGCGACGGCUCACGACAAUUUCGAGGAUAAACGUACUUGCAAAUUUAACGAAGAGAUUAUUAUCACAACUGUACGCAACUACAUUGUCGACACUGCCACGGAAUCUCUAAUACCUAUGAUGUUGAGCUGGAAGCCCCAAUGGUUCCAGAACUUCUGUAGCUAA